AUGCAACGAACAGUACAGAAUCAAGGUAGCAUAGAAAUCGCGAAUCAUGAAACGUUACAGGAGAAUGUAGAGCUGCCAAUUACAAGCGCGACAACAGAUAUUAUCGAUGAGAAAACGGAGAAGAGCGAGGAGGAAGAUAUCCUCGAAGCCGUGCCAAUGGUGGAAGAGGUUAUGGAUCCCAACGUAAAAAUAACCAACGUGCCAGAUGUGGAGGAAAGCACCGAUGAUUGGGACGCGAAUUGGGACAAGAACAAGGUUAUCCGAGACGUCGCGUAUUACAUACGAGCGCACAAAUUCGAGGACUUUGAUCGACGUUACUACAGAAGGCUCGAGGAUUCACCUAGUAGAUUUUACCAGGAAUUUCCAAAACCGCCUUUGAGAUCUUUGCAUUGGGAAGUGCGCAGGCAUUGCGAUGCAAGCUUCGUCGAGUGUCUGAGAUAUCUUGAAAGGAACAUUAAGCUUACAGCCCUCAGGCGGGAAGAUGACACCAUCACGAUCAUGAAAGAACAGAAUUGGAAUCUCGAGCACAAUAUCCAACAAGUCCUGUCCGCUCAAAAGGAUUGUCAGGAUGCUCGUAGACGCGACGAUCUGACAGCGGUUCCCUUUCAAGGUCCAAUAGAACGAUUCCAGUGGCGCACUACCGUGAGCUAUUACAUGUGCUGGUACACGAUGCUCGGUGUGCCAGAAUUGAGUAUCUUUGGUGAGCCCUGCGAUAAUCAUGCCAACUGCGACAUCAACGGUGGAAACGGAGAUCCCCGUGCCGAUGACACGAAACCGUAUGCUUGCGCGCUUUAUAGUUUCUGCCCCGAUCAUUGUUGUCCCAUGAAGCAAAUCGGAUAUAUGACGGAUUGUUAUCACUCACCGCAGAAUCCUUGCUACGCUGAGAACAUGCCAUCGCACAGAGAGUGCAAGUUAAAUCGGCAAGAGAAUCAGGAUCUGCUCAGCUUAGUGGCUAAUCAGAUAAACAUCAGUUGCCAGUGUCUCGAAAAAGGUUACGAAUGGUCCGCCAGAUUUGGGAUCUGCGUCGACGUAAACGAAUGCACUCGCGGUCGCCACGACUGUUUGUCGGAGAAUGGCGAGUUGUGCGUCAACAUGCCAGGUGGUUACGAGUGCGUUUGCAAAUUCGGUUACGUUUACGAUUCGAGUCAAAAAACGUGUAUCGUUAGCUCCGCCAUAGAAGAGGUAUUAGCGGGGGCCGAGAGCGAAUCGAACGUCACGAAAACGAGAAAUAUCAUCGAGGCGAUCAUUAACACAAUCACGAGGUCGACUGGCAAUCGUCUCGCGAUUAAUUGCACGAUUCUUCUUGCCGUCUUUGUAAGUUUAAUUGUUGCAAAUAAUAUCGAGUUCAUGACUUCCUAA